CCCACCCGCCACUCUGCUUCUUCUUCCUCGCCAUCGCAGUAAACAAUUUGAAAUUUGCAUUUAUAGGCUACUGAGUUGCUGCCAAUCAUCUAACAAAUUGCUCGACAAAAGAAGUGUUUAAUUGAGUAGUUGCGGCGUACGCAACAAGUACAAGCGUAUGCACAAACUCAUUGAAGAAAAAACAAAUAGAGAGCGGCAAACAAAACAACUUUUUGGCAAAUUGGAAGAGUGCCAAAAAACGGCGAGCGACAUAAAAAGUGAACAUUUGAACCGCAUUACGAAGCAGAAAGUGAAACGAACAGCUGGCGGAUCAGGUGCAUGGUUUACACGAAUCAUUUGCUGUUAAAUCGGCCCUAAGCAAACACCUAAGGUGAAAAUCUGGUCAAAAGCACAAACAGCAGCAACAACAAGAGCAGCAACGAGCCGUAAUAAACCGGCAACAGCUGAAAGCUACUGCUUACGUAAGCCGCUCGCAAUUACAAGCAGUUAGUCCAGUGGAUCUGCAUCCAAAAUGUCGCAGGUAUCAACCCUUAUCGAUGUGGACAAGCCGCUCUUCGAUCUCAGCACCUUCGCGGGGCGCUUCCAGUACUUCGCCUGGAUGACGGAUCCCCGGACCGUAGUCCUCUCCAGCGAUCGCCUGCUGGAAGCCAAAACCAUGGUGGAACGCUACCGGAAAGGCGAGCAGUCGCCGCAGUUGAAGUCGGAGGAGGUGCACUACAACAUGAAGCUAUACAACUCGGCCUUUCAUCCGGAUACUGGCGAGCUGCAGAACUUUUGUGGUCGCAUGAGUUUUCAGGUACCCGGUGGCAUGCUGAUCACUGGUGGUAUGUUGGCCUUCUACCGCACCGUGCCCGCCGUCGUGCUUUGGCAGUUCAUCAACCAGUCCUUCAACGCGGUUGUCAACUACACGAAUCGCAAUGCCAAUUCGCCCACCAGCGUUACGCAGCUGGGCGUGGCUUAUGUAUCCGCCACGACUUCGGCCCUAGUAGCUGCUAUUGGAUGCAAGAACUAUUGGUCGAAGAAAGCGACUCCGCUGUUCCAAAGAUUUGUGCCCUUCGCGGCUGUGGCGGCGGCCAAUUUCGUCAACAUUCCUCUGAUGCGACAAAACGAGAUAAUCAAUGGCAUAGAGGUGAAAAACGGCGAGGGUGAGGUCGUGGGCCAGAGCAGAGUGGCAGCCAUCAAGGGAAUAGGUGAGGUGGUUGUGUCCAGGAUUGCGAUGGCGGCGCCCGGUAUGCUGGUGCUGCCAUUGAUAAUGGAGAGGCUGGAGAAACUGCCUGCCUACAGGCGCAUCAAGUGGAUUAAUGCUCCAUUCCAGACCCUAUUGAUUGGGUGCUUCCUUUGCUUUAUGGUGCCCACUGCCUGCGCCCUGUUUCCCCAGCAGUGUUCUUUGGACACUUCGAUUAUGCGCACCUUCGAGCCCGAACUCUACGAGGACCUCGAGAAGACAACCCAGGGCAAUGUGCCCAAGCGUGUUUACUUCAACAAGGGUCUGUAAGAUCGGAUCGAUAAUAAUGCUGGAAUUGAUGGAAGACAAUUGUGUGUUGGUGGUAUCCGUUCUCGUCAUGUUUUAUGUAGCAUUUACUGUUGUAGAUGGCGCAAUUUUGCAGUUGCAGUUGUUCCUUGUCAUAUGUCAAUUGUCGUAGUUGCUAAGCUAAAAUGAAUCUCCGCUCUAUUUAAAUGUUAUAUAUAAAGCUGCUACGGUUUAAGUUUCUUAAAUUGAAUGGUCUUAUAUAAUGCUAAAGUGUAGCAAAAAUUAACAUACCCCACAAAAUGUAUUUGCUCGUAUUGAAAACCGUAGCAGGGCUAGCACUUAAUGGGUAUUAAUGUUCAUAUAUGUAUGUCCCAAACAGUGUUCACGUUAUUUAUUAUUUUAAAAUAUGAUCGUUAACGUAACGAAAACUGCGAUAAUUGAUAAUUUAGAUCCAUUCGGAAGCUAACUAAAGUGAGAUGCUUGCCCAAAAAUAUAGAAACACCAACAAAACCACCCAGGAGAAAGCUUUUAAAAGCGACUAAUAACUAACAAACAAAAGUCGUUGUGUUUCAUUAGAGGACUAA